ACGACAUCCAUGUCAUCGCAAACGCUUCAACUGUUUCUGAGCAAGUACGAGUUUAUCGGAACCCAUCCGGACCUUCCCAACGGUGCAUUUGGCCAAGUGCUUGAGUGUCAACAACGAGGUCCUCGUGGAGUCCAACUCGCAAGCUCCCACCAAGAGCAAGAGCAACGUCGCAAAUAUGUUGUCAAGUGCAUUGAUUUCAACCGUCAUUACCACAUCUGCCAAGCGCGUGGCCAUGACAUGAGCAAGUGCCCCGACAAGGAGCUGCAGCGCGAGUACGAUCUCCUCAUGCUCGCACAGAGCUGCCCGUACCUCUGCAAGUGCAUUGAGGUGCUGUAUGUGCCUCAUGACCACAUGUACAUCGUCAUGCCACGCUACCAAGGAGACCUCCUCAAGUUCAUCGAAACGCACGAGCUGGCCCUGUCAGACCUGAAGACGCUCGCGCGGCGGCUGUUGUGCGGGCUGGCAUUCCUGCAGGAGCACCACGUCAUUCAUCGCGAUAUCAAACCAGAGAACGUGCUGCUCGACGGCACCGUCCACACCGCCGUGAUUGCAGACUUUGGCUGCGGGCGACGCGUAACAGGAUCGCAUCCAACCGUCGGCAUGGGAACACAGCAAUACCAGUCGCCUGAAAUGAUGACGGGCCAGCCAUACGACCUGCACACAGAUAUGUGGUCGACAGGCUGCCUCCUCUACCUGGCAGCAACACGCCGCCUGCCGUUCCCAAGCUUCGAAUUCGCCCUCACCCGCACCAUUGAUUUGGAUGAAGUGGGUGAUGCGUAUGGUGAUCGCACGUUCACACAGCUGCUCGAUGCAUUGCUGAGCAUGCACCCGCACCACCGCCCACUCGCAGCAGAUGCACUCAUGCACCCCUUUGUCACGUCAUCGUCGUCGUCCUAGUGAUGUGCAUCUGCUUGUCGCCCGUGGACACACACACACACACACACACAC